CUGAUAUCCUGAGCUUCUAAAACAAUUUGAAGUAGCCUUUAUUAGUAAAAUAACAGGUAGCGAAAUACCGGAUCAUUUUCCUCCUGCGGAAAACGGAUCUCUCAUUGUGCUUUGUCAUCUAGUCCUUUGGUCUUCCGGGACUACCGUUCCCGUCAGGCUUUGUGAUCCUCUUCCCCAUCACGGUCCACACCCCUUUUUGGCGCACAGCUUGCUGGGAGAGAGUAAGGGGCGGGCCAAGUCCAAUGGGUGCUGCCUUUGGAGGAGGAAGAGGGGGAGUAGGAAAGCGACCAGAAGGUGGAGGCGAACUCUAGGCCUCAUUCAUUACCUCUGUCUAGUGGGCCCCAGGGCCUUGUCUUCCAGGAGCCAUGGAGGCGCUGAUUCCAGUUAUCAACAAGCUCCAGGACGUCUUUAACACCGUGGGCGCCGAUAUCAUCCAGCUACCCCAGAUCGUCGUGGUUGGAACCCAGAGCAGUGGAAAAAGCUCAGUACUAGAAAGCCUUGUAGGGAGGGACCUACUCCCCAGAGGUACUGGAGUUGUCACUAGGAGACCCCUUAUUCUACAGCUGGUCCAUGUUUCACAAGAAGAUAGAGGAAAAACAUCUGGAGAUGAAAAUGACCCUGCAACAUGGAAAAAUCCAAGGCACCUUUCUAAAGGUAUUCAAGCAGAAGAGUGGGGUAAAUUUCUGCAUACUAAAAAUAAGCUGUACACUGAUUUUGAUGAAAUUCGACAAGAAAUUGAAAAUGAAACAGAGAGGAUUUCGGGAAAUAAUAAGGGGGUCAGUCCUGAACCUAUUCAUCUUAAAAUUUUUUCACCUAAUGUUGUAAAUCUGACUCUUGUGGAUUUGCCAGGUAUGACAAAGGUACCUGUAGGUGAUCAGCCAAAGGAUAUUGAACUUCAAAUCAGAGAACUCAUCCUUCGUUUCAUUAGUAACCCUAAUUCCAUUAUUCUGGCUGUCACUGCUGCUAAUACAGAUAUGGCAACAUCAGAGGCUCUGAAAAUUUCAAGAGAGGUAGAUCCAGAUGGUCGAAGAACUCUUGCUGUUAUCACUAAACUAGAUCUCAUGGAUGCUGGUACUGAUGCAAUGGAUGUGUUGAUGGGUAGAGUCAUACCAGUUAAACUUGGCAUAAUUGGAGUGGUAAAUAGGAGCCAACUGGAUAUUAACAAUAAGAAGUGUGUAUCUGAUUCUAUCCGUGAUGAAUAUGCUUUUCUUCAAAAGAAAUACCCAUCGUUAGCUAAUAGAAAUGGAACAAAAUAUCUUGCUAGGACACUGAAUAGGUUAUUGAUGCACCACAUUAGGGAUUGCUUGCCAGAACUGAAAACAAGAAUAAAUGUUUUAGCUGCUCAGUACCAGUCUCUCUUAAAUAGCUAUGGUGAACCUGUGGAUGACAAGAGUGCUACUUUAUUGCAGCUAAUUACUAAAUUUGCCACAGAAUAUUGUAAUACAAUUGAAGGAACUGCAAAAUAUAUAGAGACUUCUGAGCUAUGUGGUGGUGCUAGAAUAUGUUAUAUUUUCCAUGAAACCUUUGGGAGAACAUUAGAGUCUGUUGACCCUCUGGGUGGCCUUAAUACAAUUGAUAUUUUGACUGCCAUUAGAAAUGCUACUGGGCCCCGUCCCGCCUUAUUUGUACCUGAGGUUUCAUUUGAAUUAUUAGUGAAGAGACAAAUCAAACGAUUAGAGGAGCCCAGCCUUCGUUGUGUGGAGCUUGUUCAUGAGGAAAUGCAAAGAAUUAUUCAGCAUUGUAGCAAUUACAGUACACAGGAAUUGCUGAGGUUUCCCAAACUUCAUGAUGCCAUAGUUGAAGUAGUUACUUGUCUUCUUCGUAAGAGAUUACCAGUUACAAAUGAAAUGGUUCAUAACUUAGUUGCAAUUGAAUUAGCCUACAUCAAUACUAAACAUCCAGACUUUGCUGAUGCCUGUGGGCUUAUGAACAAUAACAUCGAGGAACAAAGGAGAAAUAGGUUAGCAAGAGAGUUACCUUCAACAAUUCCACGGGACAAGUCUUCUAAAGUUCCAGGUACUUUGGCACCUGCCUCCCAGGAGCCCCCUACUGCUGCUUCUGCUGAGGCUGAUGGCAAGUUAAUUCAGGAAAACAGAAGAGAAACUAAACAAAUGGUCCCUGUAGGUGGUAUAGGCGAUGCAGCUCAAGAACCAGCCACAGGCAACUGGAGAGGAAUGCUGAAAACCUCAAAAGCUGAAGAACUGUUAGCUGAAGAAAAAUCAAAGCCACUUCCUAUUAUACCAGCCAGUCCACAAAAAGGCCAUGCUGUGAAUUUAUUGGAUGUGCCUGUGCCAGUUGCACGUAAACUAUCUGCCCGGGAACAGCGAGAUUGUGAGGUUAUUGAAAGACUUAUCAAAUCAUAUUUUCUUAUUGUCAGGAAGAAUAUACAAGACAGUGUGCCAAAGGCAGUAAUGCACUUUUUAGUCAAUCACGUGAAGGACACUCUUCAGAGUGAGUUAGUAGGACAGCUAUACAAAUCAUUGUUAUUGGAUGAUCUUCUGACCGAAUCUGAGGACAUGGCCCAGAGAAGAAAGGAAGCAGCUGAUAUGUUAAAGGCAUUACAGCGAGCCAGUCAGAUAAUUGCUGAAAUUCGAGAAACUCAUCUUUGGUGAAGAAAUGUACCAGGCAUUUAUAUAGAUGAAGAUGUUGAAAUGACUUACAAUAGUUACUGCAAACUUUACUGAGCGUCAUUUAUGAGUUCUUCUGUAUGUAAUCUGCUGCAAAAAUUUUUGAGACAAAAAGUUUUGCACAAAAAACCAUACAUAUUAAACCCACAUUAAAUAUGAAUAGCUGGUUUCCUGAAAUGAUCCACGUGUGUAUGUAUUGUUUUGUGUGUGUGUGUUUCUGAAGUCAGUUUACUUAUAAACUGAUUUUAUUAUAAGUGGCUUCAAGCAUACAUAGCUCUUUGAAGAAGAAAUAGCUACAGGUUAUUUUGUUUGCCUGUAAAGCAUGUAUUUUUACAUAUAUCAAUUGUUCUGGCUCUGAUAGGGUAUGCAAGUUGCUAAGUAUUUGUCAUAGAUUUAUAGAGUCCAUAUUUCUUCAAAAAAUUGUCUUUCAGCUUCUCAACUUUAUUUUCAAAAUGUUUUAGAUUAGAUUACAAGAAAGCUAAAAGUUAUAUGUUAAUGAUGUAUUCUAACUCUGGGAACAAAGUUCUUUGUCCCAUUGCUUUAAAAAAUGUGCAAAUAUUAAAUUUUGACUUUGAAAAAAUUCAUACUUUUAAUAUAAUUUUUCCUCCCUGUUGUUUAAGGAGUGAAAUAAACAAUAGCAGAAGUGUUUUAAUGGUAACAGAGAAAGAGGGAAGUAUCUAUUUUUUACCAAAUGAGGGGAGGGAAAGAAGAUGGAAGUCAUAAAGACAUGUCUUCCUUUUAUUAACUGCCAGGAAAGAUUCCCAGUAUCUAAAUAUAGGAAAAAAGUUCAAGUUAUACUUUUGACCACAUUAGAGGAUUACAUUUCUUAAACACCUUAAGAUUCUUGAAUCUCUGUUUUUGAAAACUUUUGCACUCUUAUCAAACAAAAGGCCUUGGACAUUAUUUUAGUAAUGCUUUAUAUUGUACGAAAUAUAUGAUCUUGAUUGAUUAUAUAUAUAUAUAUAUAAUCCUAUUCUGAGGCAAGUUAUAUGCACAUGUAAAAUCCCCUAUUUUUUGUUCCACAUUUUAAGGACCUGAAAUUUAAGAAAUAAUCUCACAUUACCUCAUUUCAUGUCCUUACUAACAGGGACUAUCAGUAGUGACAGAUCAUGAUCAGGUUUCUCCUAUUUUGUCUCAAGUGUUGGAUGAAAAUAUUACAUACAUUUCAUGGUGAGAAACAUUCAAGCAAAGCACCAACUAUAGAGAUUUCUGAAUUUAAUGCCUGUUGUUAUUGUAAAUAAAAUUACUGGUGUGAAAGACGGCGCACUACAAAAGUCAAUAAAUGAGUACUUUAAAA